GCAAAAUUCGCAUCCCCGACGCGUCUCCGCCUUGAAUCCGCGCGUCUUCCCGCCGAGCCAGACCAUGCUACGGACUUGUCGUUAACCAGCGGCAUUGUCUUGAACGCAUACCACACAGACUAGUCUGCUAGCCACUGAUUGGGCCCCCGACUUUCGCAUCUCUCGCUGAUACUCGCUAUGGCUCAAGCUGAAUCUUCAGCCAGCGCUGCCCGCAAUGGACUCAAGGCCCACACAACUGGAGCUCCUCCCGACUACGAGCUGCCUUGGGUUGAGAAGUACCGUCCUAUCUUUCUCGAUGAUAUUGUGGGAAAUACAGAAACUGUCGAAAGGUUAAAAAUCAUCGCCAAAGAUGGGAAUAUGCCGCAUGUGAUCAUAUCCGGCAUGCCUGGUAUCGGAAAGACAACUUCAAUACUGUGCUUGGCAAGGCAAUUGUUGGGGGAUGCAUACAAGGAGGCCGUGCUUGAACUUAAUGCCAGUGAUGAAAGAGGUAUCGAUGUUGUUAGAAACCGGAUCAAGGGCUUCGCGCAGAAAAAAGUUACACUGCCUUCUGGUCGUCACAAAAUCGUUAUUUUAGACGAAGCAGACAGUAUGACUUCUGGGGCUCAGCAAGCGCUGCGGCGAACGAUGGAGAUUUACUCGUCUACAACUCGAUUUGCCUUUGCCUGCAACCAGUCGAACAAGAUUAUCGAGCCGAUUCAAUCUCGAUGUGCAAUCCUUCGUUAUGCCCGGUUGACGGACGCCCAGGUUGUAAAGCGGCUGAAACAAGUGUGUGACGCCGAGCAGGUGGAACAUAAUGAGGAAGGAAUCGCUGCGUUGGUUUUCAGCGCCGAAGGAGAUAUGCGUCAAGCCAUCAACAACCUCCAGAGUACAUGGUCGGGUUUUGGCUUCGUCAGCGGGGACAAUGUCUUCAGGGUGGUAGACAGCCCACACCCCAUCAAGGUUCAAGCAAUGAUUAAGGCCUGCUGGGAAGGGAAGGUGGAUGUCGCUCUCGAUACACUCAAUGAAUUGUGGGAUCUGGGAUACUCCUCACAUGAUAUUAUUAGCACAAUGUUCCGGGUGACCAAGACAAUUCCCACGCUAUCAGAACACUCCAAGCUCGAAUUCAUCCGUGAGAUUGGCUUUACGCAUAUGCGCAUUUUGGAUGGCGUGCAGUCUUUGCUGCAGUUGAGCGGUUGCGUUUCUAAGCUUUGCAAGGUCAACAUGAAACCCCAGCUCUUUAAUCAGCCAAGAAUCUAAAAAUAUCGUCCUCUAAUACCCAUGGUUUGCAUAUGAGUGGCGAGUGGCGUUAGUGUAGCAAGUUACGAUAGGUUUAUUCAUCAGGCGUCCUAGCAUUUCACCUCCGAGAAAUGCAAAACAUAUAAGAUAACUGGACAGUGGUACAUUGGCCAAGGGGGCUACCCUACAGUCGUUGCCGAGUCAAUUCCUUCUGAAAAGACAGUGGUAAUUCCAUGGAGUAAGAU